AUGUCGGCCCCGACCAGGCAGUUCCACAGACUCUCUAUCGGUCGAGAUAUGGCUGGGACGCGCGCCCAGGCCAGGACGGCCCGCGGCGCGGGGCCGGAUCCUUCCGACGACGAUAGUGACCGCGACGACGGGGGAGACGACAGCUCGCUGGACGAGAGCUCUAGCGAGGCAGAGGAGAGCGACGACGAGUCCACUAGCGCUUCGGCAGUGCUAGCCGGGUCGGGAAUCACCUAUGACUUGGCGCAAUUAGACUCCGAGUCCGAGGCCAGAGCACUCGUGGGGUUGACGGGCCAGUUCGACGUCGUUAAUUGCCGUGCCACUCGCUCGGGAUAUGAAUUCCAGCUCUCGGACCGACCGCAGGUGCAUCUUGGCCCGGACUCAUACGUUUGCACCUGUCCGACCUUCCAGAGCCGGCCGGACGUGGCGUGCCAGCAUAUCUUCUGGAUCCUCGAUCAGCUCCACGGCUACUUCAUCCAGGAACCCCCGUCAGAGGAAAUCGAACUAUCUCGUGACGGUCAUCCGCGCGUGCUCCCGCGCAUCGAAGGGCUCCUGGAGGGCCAAUUAGAAGCGGUGGCUGGCCGGCUCAAUUGGCAUCUGCUACGGGCUGAAGGUAAUGGCAGCGGUGCGGGGAUGACCCGUGCAGAAAAAGUGCGCGAUAUCCUGUCUGCGUUCAGGCCCGUGAUAGUGGCAGAGGAUUUUCGCCAGGAUCUGGUGGAGACCGCAGCGGAGGCGCGCACUCCAGAGCAAUGCGUGGUGCAGGGAGACUUUGAGGCGACUAUCUUUCGGCUGGCGGUGCACGAUAAUGGGGUCUUUAGCAGUCUGUGCAAGGCCAUGCCCGCUGGCGCAUGCGCGGCCAUCUAUUUCGACAAGGCGCAGGAACAGUCACGCCGGCUGCUGGCUGACUUUGACCGGUACUGCGCAACAGGCGAGCGGUCCGAUAGCUCCAGUCCCGGCGGAGGCUUUUACAACGUCGACGAGGUAAUCGCGCAACUGCGCCGGUGUGUCAAUCGCAUCCGCGUCAACAUCGUCGCCCGCGCACCGCACGGCUCCGAAGGCGCCGCAAAAGCUCUCAUCUCCAUUCUUGAAGCCGUGACGGCCCGCAAUAAAGACCCACUCGAUGGCAACCGCUGGGGCCGGGUCUCCUUCCACGGUGAGGAUGAAGACCAGCGCAAUCUGUACCAUCAGUUAAUCGGGUCGCCGGACCUGGACAACGACCCUGACGCGGAAUUCUUCGUUCUUGAUGCUCUGGAUAUCUUGCGCGCGUCAGAUCUGAGCCAGUUCAAAACCAACCUGCGAGAUAUCCUGCACAAGAUCGAGGUUGAUCGCGCUCCGAAGCCAUAUCUUCUGCGGCUGACGGCGUUGGUCCGUGCCGCUGAGACGGGGGCUGCGCCUCCAGGGUCGGGGCAGAAGAGACCAGCUGCUGGGAACUCGGGAGGCAAUACGAAACGAAGUCGAUGA